AUGGCUAUCCGUUUGCUCGGACACGCACAACGAGGCGAGAAUAUCACAGGAGAUUUGGUCUACAAGCCUGGCCCUACACCAACUAUCGAGGGCAUAUCAACACCUAUCGUACCGCAGUUUACCGGUGCAUCUGCCGCGAGGUCUCCCGGCUUGCCUCCAUUGACCCCUCAGGACAAAGCCAAAUUUCUGAGAUUGUUCACAACUAGCGGUCCCGUCAAUGGACUUCUAAGCGGUGAAAAGGCACGGGAUGUGUUUGUGAAGUCCAAACUGCCCGUCGACAAGCUUUCCCAAAUAUGGAACCUAGCCGACUCGAAGAACCGUGGCGCGUUGGAUGCGACAGACUUUACGAUCGCUUUAUACCUCAUACAAGCGACCAUGUCUGGACAAUUGCAGUCUAUCCCCCCGGUGCUAUCUCCAAGCUUAUAUGAACAGGCUGGCGGGAAGCCUGCGCUUGAUGGUGUCGCUGUUCAUGCGACCGGCGGGAGCGGCACGUAUAGCCCAUCAUCUUUGAAUACGUCAUUUGCUAGUCGACCCAUGAGCACAAUUGAACCACAUUUUACCGGCCAAGGCAGCCCGCUACAGCCUCAGAUGACGGGACAAAUGCGUUCGACGUCGGCUACGCUACCUCGCUCAGCUCUAUCAAAUGCAACAUAUCCAUUGGUGCAAGCUCAAGCCACCGGGUCAGCGCAGUCAUGGGAUGUAACACCCACAGAGAAGACGAGCGCAGAUCGUCUUUUUGAGACGCUAGAUCAGCAGAAGAGAGGUUACAUAGAGGGCGAUGUAGCUGUGCCAUUCAUGUUGCAAUCCAAGUUGGCAGAAGAUGUCCUUGCGCAGGUUUGGGAUUUGGCCGACUUGAACAAUGACGGUCGUCUGACUCGGGAUGGGUUUGCAGUUGCUAUGCACCUAAUCCAGGGAAAGCUGAAUGGAAGAGAAGUCCCGCCUUCUCUUCCUCCGUCUUUGAUACCCCCCUCAAUGCGUUCUCCAUCGGCCCCUUCAGCUCCGCCUGUUCAACCUUCCUUCACGGAUUCUAUUCGUGAUUUAAUCUGGGAUGAUUCCCCUCCUGCUUCUGCCACGAUUCAAUCGCAGCCAGUCAUCCCCGCUCAGAACACUGGGUCACUUGCUUCUCGGUCAACACCUGCAAUCUCGUCUCUUCCUCCUGCGGCUAGUUCUCCGUUCCCUAUUAGUUCUCCGUUUGUAGUCCCCCCCGCGAUUCAUCAAGAUUUGCUCGGUGACGACGACGAGCCCGCAGCCACUUCCCCCCCUCUGCAGGAUCAGUCAGCUGAGAUUGGCAAUGUCAAAAACCAGCUCAGCUCGACGAGCCGGUCUUUAGACACUGCUAAGGCUGAACGUGAAAACAUAGAACGCAAUUUAAGCGACCAAGCCGCACAGCUAUCUGCUUUGCAAAUCCAGUUGUCGUCCGCCAAAGCCGCGUACGAGACGGAAUCCCGUUUACUCAGUACUCUUCGUGAGCGGUUCGCGUCGCAAACCUCUGAGAUUCAGAAAGCUAGGGAAGAGCUUAUUCAUAGUGAAAGCGACUUGAGCGCGGUCAGAGUCGAGAAGACGGAGGUGGAAGGUGGAUUUUUACGUGACAAGGAGGAAGUUCGUGAGUUGCAGCGCAAAAUGACUGAGGUUGGCAUGCAAGCAGAGACGCUGAAGGCGGAAGUGGAGAAGAUGAAGAAGGAUGCAAAACAGCAGAAAGGUUUACUGGCUAUCGCAAAGAAGCAGUUAAUGAACCGGGAAACAGAAAGGGCGAAGAUUGAGAAGGAACUCGAAGAAGCAAAGAAAGAGAUCGCUGAGAUCACCAAGGAGCGUGAGGAUACCGAGGUUGAAUUGGCAAAGGAAGUACCACUGCCGUUGACCAAUGGUCACCAUUCAUCUGCGUCACCCGAUAUACUUGCAAAAGCUGUUGCUCAACCUCUACCAGCCACGCCUGAUAUCCCAACCAGCCCGACAGGGUCCGUGAUGAGCUUGGGCAAGAGCAAUAAUCCAUUCGAGCGCGUCGCAAUGGCUUCAGGCUCAGGUUCUCGUUCUCAAUCACCUUUCCUACCCUUCACUAAUUCGACAGUCCUCCCAACCCCUUCGACUGCGCCUGCAGAUACCAACAUAGAGAUACCGGUUGGAUCGACGCCCAACCCAUUCCGCUUGCCCCAGACACUUGGAACUGACGAAUCUCAAAGUGGAGCAGAUCUUUCUGUGCUAAUUGCAGAGCCUACCUACGCUUCUCCAAUUGACGUGAUGUCUCCGACUGAUACGGAUCUUUUCAUGACUCCUCCAAGUACAGCGACCUUCCAGACCCUUAGUCCCACCCCACAGACAUCCAACAGCCUUGCUAUUACGGAAAACAAGGAGACGGUGUCAGAUAUCGAAAUGGACAAACAAGUUUCGGCGCCAGUUACCCAGGCUGCGUCUGAGGUCAACGAGACGAAGGGACAAGCAACGGACUUGGACCACCAGCUAAAAGAACUUGACGCUGAGGAGUCUGAUACUGACUCCGACUCUGACUCUGAGGAUAGUGUACCUCUUGCUAAUGUCAAGGACCGAUUAAGCAAAGACUUCAACAAUGACGACGCUAAUGGUGCACUAGGGACAUCCACUACCGCACCCGCUAUAUCUGCCUUCGAUGACUCAUUUGGUAUUUCGACAUCUACAGAGCAUUCUGAGCACAACUCGCCGCUGAGGUCCUUGACGUCGACUCCUGUCCGGAAUCAAUCUCUGACAACAGGCUCUCAAUCAGCGGCCUUGGAUGCAUUCGGGGCCGCCUUCGCUCCUGUGUCCACAACACAAGGGCCUUUUGGUGCACCUCCACAGCCAGCAUCGGUAGUUGAUGGAGACGUACCAGAGACUCCAGGCGUGACCGACUUCGAUGAAGCAAUGGGCAAGAUAUCCACCAGUCCGAGCACAAGUGGUGGCCCUUCCCAAUUUUCUCAGUUUAGCUUCGAUUCCGCGUUCGACGACAACUUUGACUUCGCUGCAGCAAGCGCGGCGACAGCUCCGCCGCAUGGUGCUAACGGCAUCACCCAGCCGACAGUGGCGCCGACUGUUGUACAGCCUCAGGUGAAUGCCUUCGAUAACGUCUUCAUGCCCCAGCCUGGCAUUAGUGCGGCUUCCCCUGUGGCUCCCGCAUCUGCCCUCUCUCAACCCCAGGCGCUAUCGUCUGGACCGCCCGCCCAGCCUGCCGCCGAACCAAGCAAGACGCUGUCUUUCGAUGAUGCCUUUGGCGCGGUGGCUGGUGACGGCCACUUAUCGUCUAGUCCACCAAGAUUGAAUGGUGUCUCGAACGCUAUAUCUUUUGACGACGCAUUUGGUGGUAGGUCAUCUAUCCUGGCCCUAGAUUCUUCUUUCGUCUCUGUAGGCCAAGAGUCUGCUGGAGGACCAACGGCAUCAAAAGGGCCAACCCCGUUUCCUCGAAGCACUUCUCCCGUGUCUCCAGCAGGGCGCUCUCCUACCAUGGUCGCUCGUAGGUCUAUUUCUCCCCCUGGCCGUCAGGUCACACCGCCUCCGCGCCAUUCCUCGCCCAAACCUCGGCCGUCCACAGCGUCUUCAGACAAAGAGAAGGCGCCGAAUGCCAGACAUUCUAAAUUGAGCCUCCGACUGCCCUUCGGAAGAAAGAAGAAAGCGACCCACGACGCGCCACCAGUGCCUCCGCUGGCAAGUCAGCAACUUGUUGAGGAGCCCACUCCUCCAGUAGAAGAUGACAUUGAUGCAGUCAAGCAGUUGUGCAGCAUGGGCUUCAGCAGAACUCAGGCCGUUACAGCUCUGGAAAUGUUCGACUACGACGUACAACGGGCUCUCAAUAGCUUACUUGGUGAGUAUCCUAGGACCGGCAUGUAA